AGACGCGAGUCACGCCCGGUGAAGUCAGGCAGCAGAAAUCGGAAUCGCGCGCGGUGAGUCCGUCGGUCGGUGGGAUGGAAGCGUCGGAGCAGCGGUGAGCGGCAGCAGCUCCGAGAUGCAGCGGUGUGUGACUUUACUGGUGAUCGUACUGACGGCGGGCAUGAGCGCAGCGCUGCAGAUCCAGUGCUAUCAGUGUGAAGACGUUCGGCAGGACGACUGCACCUCGCCAGAGUUCAUCGUCAACUGCACAGUCAACGUUCAGGACAUGUGUCAGAAGGAAGUGCUGGUCAUGGAGGAUGGGAUUCACUACAGGAAGUCGUGUGCGUCAUCGGGGGCAUGUCUGAUCGCGUCGUCAGGCUACCAGCAGUUCUGCACAGGGAAGCUGAACUCCGUCUGCAUCACCUGCUGCAACACAGCACUCUGCAAUGGGCCACGGCACAAGCGGAGAGCGGCGUCCCAUGCCUGCGCCGCACCCUCUAUCAGCCACUACAUCACCUCGCUGCUCGGCCUCAUGCUGCUCUACCUCUGCUUGCACUGACCCGCACAUGUCUGAUAUGUGUGUGUGUGUGUGUGAGACUCACGGGACGGAGCGUAGCAUCAGAGAGCGUCUGCUGGCAGGAGCAGCUCUCAGAAAUUACAGAAUCUGUCUGUGUGGUUUCCUUCAAUCUCAUUACCAUCUCAUGGACCUUUGGGCGAGCCUUCUUCAUUUAAUCCCACCAAUCACAGCACACACAGAGAAAAACAACCACGCUUCACUGACAGCAGGACAGUCCUCUUCAUCAAACAUCUUCAGCUAGAAUUAUCACUAGACAUUACUCAACUAUCAUUUAUAUCAUUAUAGUUCAUAAUUACAUGAUAAAUGAUACAUUGAAUUCUAUAUCUAUAUUGAAAUAGAGUCAUAUAUAGGUGUUUUUUUUUUCAUUGUAUGUGUAGUAUAGCCAUGUAUAGGCACAAACCUUUAAAACUGUGUAACUGAACAUUUUCUACCAAGGACAAAAGAUGCAGUUCACUGAAUACACAUCGGCAUAUAGGGGCAUGUUGUCACACUAUUGGGUAAAUUGUCACAAUGAGGACAAAUUAUCACGAAAAACAAGCCCACCAAGCACUUGUUUAGGCUAAUUGUAAUGUAUAUAUAAUAUAAAGGAGAUCUACAGCAGAGCACUUUAGCUGCUGGUACAGAGCCACGUUUGACACACCUGAACAUGUUCAUCAGGUCUGACGGACAGGUGAGGAACUCAACUUUACAGUCCUUAUCUUAUCACCUGACAGACAUAUAAAGAUGAUUUGCUGUUCACACUUUCAGUAAACUCUUUCUUCACACAUUUAUGACUGUUAACCCUAUCGAUAAGAAACAGUCCUAGUCUCCCCUAUAUAUUCACAAGUCUGCUCAGUCUUUAUUAUUAUAAUUUUAGGAGUAUGAGAAUGAUGUAGUGCCUCAGCUCCUCUAACUGCAGCUCCGCUCACUAAACAUUCAUCAACACACUACACAUACAAACCAAACCUAUAUAAUCCACAAGACCUUUCCAUCCCCCGGUUCUCCUGAUGCUCUGUAUCUUCUGUUGUGUCAGUGUUCAUCAUGUGCCACUGGUUCUCCAGCAUUUUCUGCUCUUCAGUGACUGUGAUGUUGAGACCAUCAUGAGGAUGGGAACCGCUGAAGAUCUGAUCACUGGAGAUUGUGUUUUUUUUUCUGGUGGGAAGGAUGUAAUGCUCUUAUGUAGCUUCAGAAUACAAAUAGGACCUUUGAUCUCUUAUAAUUGUAUGAAUGCAGAGGGUUUCUAAAGGUAAACAUAUGCACUCAACUCCAUAUACAUAAAGAACCAGUCAGAGUUUUGGACACGUUUGAUCAAAUAUAUAUAUAUAUAUAUAUAAUCAAAUGUUUGAUUACGUGUGUGAGGGAUAAUAUACAGUCAGUAUCUCAAAAUAAUAGCUUCUCAAAUAAAAUCAUGGACAGCACUUGAUUUGAGUUUAAAUUAUCAUCUGACUUCACCUUUGUAAAGUGAUGCUCUUCCUCAGUAUUUUAUUCUUAUUUCCAGCACAAAUGUCUAAAGAGCAAGAUGCAUCUACCGCAGAAUCAAGAUGACUCAAGAUAUUAGGAAUUGUUAUCCUUAUUUUGAUUUGAAUUUAAGUUGACCCCCCCCAUUUUAAGCUAAAACUCAAUUAAUUUUGAUACUGUACAUUUUGCAGAAAUUAAUAUUAAAUAUCUCAUGUCAUUGUGCUUCUCCAAACACAUGCACACUCACUAAAGCAAUAAAACUUUUUUUUUUAUUAAUAAUAACAUAAAUUAAUGCUGUCAGACCAGUGUCAAUAUGGAGUUAUUACAGCACUUUUCUGAUUUUUGACUUCUGUGCCUUUGCUGCAGAUCUUUUGUGUUGGAGCAGGGCCUGCAAGGCAAGGUGACGGUGGUAUUUUGGUGGCAUGAGUUAUUGAUGUUAUGAGAUGUUACUGCACCUGUUUGUUUGGUUUUAUAUAUAUAUAUAUAUAUAUAUAUAUAUAUAUAUAUAUAUAUAUAUAUAUAUAUAUAUAUAUACAUAUACAUA